GAGCCCUGGCACCGACGCGUGGCAUCGACGUGUUGUCUUUCUUUCAAACGGUCGACGCCAUGUCUUGGCGGGGCCGCCAUGUGGAAACACCCCAUGGCUGGGGUAUUUGCGUGGCCGAGUCCGACGAAUUCCUGGAGGUGGCGUUGGAUCGAGCUGAAGCCUCGGCGCAGCGCAGUCGGUGCUCUGUCCGGCACGAGGAGGUGCAACGGAGCUCCUUCUGUGCGUUGGGCACCUGUAUCGAGACCAGCUUUGGGCCUGGAGUGGUCUUGCGAUACCGCCCCACGGACGAUGUACAUGAGGUUCAGCUUUGGUGCGCGCUCAGCCACGGGAAGAACCGUGCCUUUCUUCCACGCCAAGCACUGAAGCAGGUGCUCUCGGCGUUACCGGGACUGGCGGUGUUGACCCCAAAGGGUCAGGGCCUGUGUCAGACUGUCAACGCAGAGCAAAUCUCUGUUGUUUUGGACGGAGGCGAGGUCGUUCGACUGGAUGCCGGAGACGUGCAGUGCCCCGUGGCGAAAACCUGGCCUUUAGUCAGCCGCUUCUUGGAUGCUGCAGCGGCCUUGCUGCGGCUACACUCAGGAACACUAGCACGCCUGGCGGAAGCCUUUCGUAACCUCGGCCUGGAGCAACUCCAGGAGCAGACUCUGAGUAAGGCCAGCCAAGCGGCUGGAGACGCUCUGAAGCUUUGGGAUGAAUGGGAGGCAAAGGAGGCUCAAGAAGUGGCGCAAGUCUUGAAAUCUCACGCUGAUGAAGCCAUGCCAAAGUUGCGAGGCUUGGUGGAUGGCCUGGUCUCAGGGUUGAAUCAGCUGUUGAGUCGCGCUUCCUUCGAUGGGCAAUGGGUGGGCAAAGAGGAUGGCGAGGCACGGUGCACCAUCAGAGAUGCUGUGGUGUCGUGGCACUGGGGUGAGGAAUCGGAGUUGGAGAUUUGGAGUGAAACCUCAACAUCCACAUUGUUGAGCGGAGAGAUCUUCCGCGGCACCCUCCGACCCGAUGGAUGCCUCACGUGGAACGAUGGCGAUGUGUGGCGACGUGUGCCACCGGACGUGCAGGAGAUUCCCAAGGAGGACCUCCAGGAGGAGUCGAUGGAUGGUCUGCCUCAGCUGCAUGAGAGCUUGGCCGGUCUGAGAGGAAUGCUAUCUGAAGGCGAUCUGAAUCUGGAGAGCCUGGAUGAGGCCAUGGAGUGUUUGAGCAAGAUUGCCCAGACAGCCUCAGCCGAUGAGGAUGUGAAGGCUUUAGCUUCGAACCUGGAGGAGGAGAUGCAACGAUUUGGCCGCGAGCAGCUCCAGUGGAUCCAGCAGGAACUCGCUGAGUCCAAGGCGGGCCACGUGCUGCUGCAAGGGCAAAAGCGCUUGCAAGAGCAGCUCUCUCAACUCCAGGAGACAGCAAUUACACCGCAGUUGGAUGCCAUGCACGAGCGCAGCCGACGUUUCUUGAUGCGCCUGGCCACCGAUCGCAAGGUGAAGAGCAAGGCCUCGCAGCUCUUCGGUGUCGUGGAGAAGCACUUGGCCGAGAAGUUGCCGAACCACCUCGAGGAGUGGGUUCAAAACCUCAGAAGCCAGGUGGUCGAGCAGCUGGGUUUCAAUCGAGCCAUGUUGGUCGAGGGGCUCAAAGCCUUACCGCUCAGCCAGGAGGAUUUGCGAAAGAUCCUUGUGGCAUCUUGGGAUCAGACAUCCAAGUUGGAGGCCCAAUUAGAAAGCUCCAUUUUGGAUGCGAUGUCCGCCUCGGGUUUGGAUCUCACUGGAACCGAAUUGCUGGAUUGCUUCGAAGGCUCUGCAUCCUUCAGUAGUAUUCCAGCCUUGCAAGAUGGCAGUGGUUCGUUGCUCAGUUUGCUGACGGACCUGGGCAUCGAAAUACCCAGCGCUUUACACCAACUCUUGAAGGCCCAAGCGGAGGGACGCGUCGAAGAUGUGGAGACCUGGAAAGCAGCUCUCAAAAGCAGUUUGGAUGAUGAGGUCGUGGUGAAGGGUGCCACAGGAUUGGUGGAGCACGGUGAGAUGAUGGUUGCCAAGUUACAGGAGCUCGGCGAGAACCAGGCAGUGGCUCGGGUCGUAGAGCAGCUUCAAAGUGAGGAGAUAGAGCGUGAAGUGCUGAAAAGCAUUCGCAACUUUGAUCCUGAAAAGGUGCUCUCGACCGCUGAAGAAGCUUUGUCGAAUCUGGAAGCCCGAGAAGCAUUGGUGAACCAUUUGAAGGACACUUGUUUGGAUUUGAUCCUCAAGAUCUUGCCAUCCAUCCACAUUGACCAGGUCAAUGGCAAUGAGAAUGACUGCGAUUGGGAGAUCAGCAACAUCAACUUCUCCGACUUCUCCUUUCGAAAAGAAGACGUACAUGUCACCUUAAACGAGCUCAAUGCAGUGGACGAGGAGGUCCUAUGCAUUCGUGCGUCGGGCAUCAGUGCGCACUUCAGAGAUCUGAAGAUCAAUCUGAAGAGCACCUUUACCGCGGCAUGCAUCGCAGAUGCGAAAGCUGAGCAGAUGUCCUUGGACUUGGCCUUCCGAUGGGCUGCAGACCAGAAGCCACCACGCUUGGUCAUGAGCAGCCGAGCGAUCAAGAUGGAAAAUCUGGACCUCUAUGUGCACGAAACCGAUUGGUCUGUGUCCACGUUGGUGAAUGCCUUGUCCUACCUCUUUGCAGCCACCUUAAAUCGAUGUGCCUGUGAAAAGAUCGAGAGCAAGCUCGACGAGCACGUCGGAAUCGUCGUGGAGGGUCUGAAUCAGUGCCUGGUGUCCUGUGCCCCCUUGUUGGAUCGGAUGGGCUUUCAAGAUUUCCUGAAGGUGUCCACCAAGACACUUGCGACGCCAACACUGAGGUCGGAGGACGAUGGGAGCUGGAGGCCAUCCGAUUUCUUGAAAGCAGCUUUCGAGGCCGUCACCAACGACAACAUCAUCACCACGGGCGCCCAGGUGUCCAAUAUGGAACCCUCCCUCAGUGGCUACAACAUCUUGAAUGCCUUGGGCUGAAUGGCCUCCACAAUCGCCCAGCAUAGGAGCGUAGUGGCGCUCGAAAAACACCACGCCACGCGGUGGUGGAAGCAUCUGACACGCUUCCAUGGAGCGAUGGUCGCAUCUGAAGAGAAAACGAU